CGGGUGCAAAGGUGGAUGGCAAACGAGGGCAUACGAGACACAAGAGCGCCCGCGGGUGGCCAGAGAUAGUGUAUGGACGACGCAGAGAGGGACGACAUUCAGGAUGCCCUCGAUGAGGAGGGCCGCGAGGGUGGGGCCAGGGAGGGGGCGGUUGCAGACGAGGCAGACGAGGCAGUCAGAGAGCCUAACCUGCUAGGGGAGGAGGUGGUGAUGACGUCGAGAGGCGUCGGUGGAGCGGGUCCUACUACUAGGGCGCAGCGAGGUGAGGUGGAUCGCGCGAGGAGGGAGAAGAGGACAGUGGGGCAGGCUGGCGUCGAGGUGCCAGACACGGGCAGGGAGAAGAGGGCUCGGCAGACCACGAUUGUCGAGAUGUACGCCAGGGAGAAGUUGGCUGAGUUCCAUGAUGCGUGGCUUCAGUGGAUCUACGUGAAGAAGUUGCCAUUCAAUGCGUUCCGUGGUCCGGAGUUCCAGAGGGUGUGGCAGGCAGCAGAGAGAGUGCCUCACUCUAUCCAGUUCUGGUUUCCCUCCUUAAGGGUUACAGCGGGGGCCGGUAUCCCUUCGCAGAGGGCGAAGGUGGCGACGAUGGUAAGCGAGGUGCGCGCCACUUUCUGGCACAGCGGUGCCACUAUCCUUUCUGACGGGAGGAAGUCGCGCAGCGGCAAGCCGCUCGUGAACUUCCUGGCCGGGCCAUCAUCGCCACCGUCGCACGUGAUGGAUCGGCGGCGAUCCGGUCGGGUUUUGUACAGGACCGUGAGGGACCAGAUGAGGGCGUUCCACUCGAGGCGAGGGGAUUGGGGAGAUCGUGAGCUCUCCGAUGCCGAGGCGGCAGAUUGCAGGGGGGACAGCGAGACCGAGCGAUGUGUAGCGUGGUGGUUCGAGCAUGGACGUGCUCACCCGGAGUUGCGCACCAUCGCCAUCCGUGUCAUGCACUUGUGGACGUCUGCCUCUCCAGCGGAGAGGAACUGGGCGGAGCACGAGCGCGUCAGCACGGCGAGGCGCUGCAAGCUUGGGUUCGCCAAGCUUGCACAACUGGUUGAGAUUGCCACCAAUCUCAAACUGGCCUCGUGCGCACGGCAGGGUGGUGGCUACGUGUUGCCAUGGGUUAUGGGGAGCGGUCGGGGAGGGACGGUGGCAGAGGAGGAGGAUGAGGAGGGAGAUGUGGAGCCCGAGGUGUGGGGAGCGCGACCUGAUGGCAGUGUUCCCGAGCAGGAGAUCCAACGGCAGAUUGUCGCUUUCCGUGACAGCCGACCGUCCAGAGCCCACGACGACAUCGACGACGACUGGACUGACGAUGAUGACACGCCACUGAGUCGCGACCCGACGGCUAAGCGAGUGUACUUCACUUACGGUGGGGGUCGUGACGGCACAGAUUCAUUCACAUCAGUUAUCACUGGUGCUGUGCCGUCGACCGCGCCGACGAGUGGCAGCAGCAGAGCCGGCGGUGGUCAUGGAGGACGUUCGCAUGCGGAGGUUCGCGUGGACGACUCGGGGGAGCAGCAGCCACGGGGAGGUCUUCGGCAGACAGGCAGGCGUUGGGAGGUUAGGAGCGACAGUGAGGUAGAGGGGGAGGCCGAGGAUGAGGAGGUGCCCCUUCGCGAUCGUCGCUUCUCUCCCUCCCAUCAUCCGAUCUCUGCACAGCCCGAGGGGGAGCCACUUAGGCGUUUGGAGAGGUUGGCGUCGGCAGCAGGCAGAGACCGGACACAUGACGACGAGGAUCGUGGGGGGGAGAGGACUCCUUCCGACACCGGUAUCCGCCCCCGCUCGCCGUCGGUGCUCCGCACACAGGACUUUGAGGACGUAGGGCUUGGUGGGAGCUUGGGAGGUUUUAGUGUCGAGGGACGUCGACGUGCCUCACCGCAGGAUGUGCGCACAGACGUGGACGUUGAGCGAGGCCGUGUUGAGACUGAGGAGGAGAGGGAUGCCCGUUUGGACCGAGAGGAGGAGGUGCGGCUGAGGAGUUUGCCACAGUGGGAGGGUCGGUUCGCGUAUCUCGACGAGCAGCGUCAGCAGAGGGACUUGGAGACAGGAGGGGAGGGGAGCUGUUGCGUCGACGACUCGGGUGUCCCUGAGGAGGCAGUUCAGGGGGAGUUCGAUUAUGAGGGGCAGGAUGCCGCCGCGGCUGUCCCUGAGGGGCAUGAUGUUGUCAUGGGCGGUGGGUUCCCUAGUGGGGGCCGUGGCGACAGCGAGACCGCGGGUGAUGAGGAACAGGGUGCCGCAGUGUGCGGCAGAGGAGAGGGUGUACCCGGUGUUGAUGGGGAUACCGCGGGUGUCGGUGGAGACGAUGGCCCGAACGGCGACGAUGAUGACGACCACGGUCCGGAGGACGAUCCAUAUAGGCUCGCCUUGGUGUUGAGGGACCCCACAGUGCCUCCCAUGCGCCCUGAUGGCACAGCGCACACUGUCUUCGACGCCGACGCUUUGGCGCAUGCGUUGACGGAUGACCCUUUCGCACACCUUAGCCGCAAGAGCGGCAAGCUGCGGGCCUCUGGGAGGGUAUAUUCACCGCCGCCGUUCACAGUGCAGAUCCCUCACUGGUCAGGUUCGUCGCUCAGCGGCGUUAGAGGGAGGGAGUCCAGUGCGGGUAAGGUGGGGUCCGACAGACGCAGCGACGGCGGCAGAGAUAGUGCAGGAUCGAUGCCUCCACCGCCCGCACGGACUCCGGAGGGCAGGGUCGACACCGGGGACCGGAUGGUGGCACCCGGAGUUGCACGCAAUGGUGGUUCCCCGCUGCCAGUCCGAGGAGGUGUGGGUGGCGGAUGGUCAGCUGUUCGUCGGGUCGGGGACCGGUUGCGGGCGGAUUACAACGCCGGGAGGGGCGUCUUCACGGGAUGUGCGCCUGUUCAGACACAGCCUGCGGAGGGCGGGUCCGGACGUCCGAGCCUGCAGAUGGCAGGCCGCAUGCUUGGUUUGUCACGAGCGAAGACGAGGAGGACAAUGGUUCUCGAGGCCCCAGGGACAUCCACGGACAGGCUGCGGGGAGAGCAGUUCACAUCGGGCGAGGAGGGGUUGUUGAUGCGUCCCGGGACGAGACGACAGCAUGGCCUCUCAGAGGUUGAGGCUCGACUCGCUGCAGGGGUCGCCGCUGGGCAGGCAGCAUUGGACGCGAUUCAGAGGGAGAGAGAGAGGGGGAUUGCUGCACAAGCGGAGGAGGACGAGGACGCUGACACUGAGUCCGAGCCGAUCGAGACUGCGGCCCGCAGACACAGGGCACAGGUGGCCGCGGCGGCCGCUGCAGCAAAGGCGACAUAUGUCAGUGGAGCACGGGGCACAGGUGCCGGAGGGAGAGGAGGGCGCCGGGGAGGAUCGCAUGGCCGCCACUCUUCCGGGAGAGGCCACGCGCGCUCUGGUGGGAGAUGACGACGUCCGUGGUGUUUUUUUUUUUUCAUUAGUUUUUUUUAUUUUCGCGUGGCUGUACAGCCUGGACGCUCUGUCGGCAGGGUUGUAGCAUAUUUAUGUCGAUGUUGUUCCAUGGAGACGACGAUAGUAUAUGGACAUUAGGUUUUUUUUUUUUUUUUUUUUGCUACUCGGUUAUACAGUAGAGACGACGCCCGUCGACGGGUCCAGUUUUUUUUUGGUACUCUGUUGUGUAGCAGAGUCGAUGGGUCUAGUUUUUUUUUGCUACUCGGUUGCAGAGUAGAGACUACGGGUCCAGUUUUUGGCUUCAGCCUUGUACAUACGCAUUUCCAUUGAAAUGCUUCGUCAUAUAUUUGCUUUUGUUAUUGUUCCUCCGCCAACAUUGGUCUUGCAUCUGAGUCGUUGUUGUUUGGUGAUUGUUUUUUGCUCUGUUGUCGUGAAUGUUGCAAAUUAUGUGCUUCUCCGAUGCCACUCACCUGCAUGUCAUGGAUGCCUCCAUUAUGAAUGUGCUGUUAAUUUCAGAUGCGACAUAGGGAUGAUGUGCUAAUGAAUGUGUUCUUACAUA